AUGGCGAAAGAAGGGAAGCCCGCCAAGCGCAUUGCAGUCAUCGGCCUUGGUCCAGCCGGUGCCAUCACGAUCGAUGCUCUUGCCAAAGAGCAGGCAUUUGACAUUAUCCGGGUUUUUGAGCGUCGUGAGGCUCCUGGCGGAUGCUGGCUAGGUGAAGGGAAACCACCGCCGCUCAUUCAAUCAGAUGAGCUCAAACUUCUCUCCUCCCGAACGGCAGACCUCCAGCUGCCAACAAUUCCUUCCAACCUCCCUGCUCAACUGCCUAAGUCGAGCUCCCCGCGGUAUUCUGAAUCCACAGUCUACCCAUACCUUGAAACGAACGUAGACUUCGUCCCUAUGCAGUAUACUCAAGAACCGUUUCCUACUGAGCAAUCCGAACACUCAAGAUCACUCCACGGAGAAGACACGCCUUUCAGACACUGGUCCCUAGUUCAGGACUACGUCCGUUCUCUGGUCGACCGAAGGGGCUACGGUGACUUCAUCAGCUACAAUACUACCGUGGAGCGAGCUGAGAAGGUGCCUGCAGCAAGCGGCUUCGGUGAGGAGUGGAAGUUGACGUUACGCAAAGAUGGUGAGAACACUGAUUACUGGUGGGAGGAGAGAUUCGAUGCCGUCAUUGUCGCAUCCGGGCAUUACAGUGUGCCCUAUAUCCCAUCCAUUGACGGCCUGCCCGAGUUUUCUAGAGAUCGUCCGGGAAGUGUGAUUCACAGCAAGCACUUCCGAGGUCGGGACGCAUUCAAGGGCAAAAAGGUCGUGGUAGUCGGAGCCUCUGUCUCAGCAGGAGACACUGCAUUUGAUUUGACCUCUGUGGCUCAAGCACCUGUAUACGCUGUGGUGAAGGGACAUACGUUCAACGGGUACUUUGGCGAUGAGGCUUUCAACCACCCCCUGAUCAAGCGGGUCACCUCCAUAUCUCACAUCGAACCGACCACUCGGACUGUUCACUUCGUAGAUGGAACGUCUGCUCCUGGUGUAGACGACAUCAUUUUCGGCACGGGUUAUAGUUGGACACUUCCUUUCUUCACGCCGCAGUCCUCCACCUCUUCGACCACGGCCAAGCACACACCAGUUCCUACCCCUCGCAACAACCGCAUCCCGAAUCUCUAUCUCCACACAAUUUACACGCCAGAUCCCACGAUUUUCUUCGUCGGUGCCGUCAACGCAGGCCUCACGUUCAAAAUUUUCGAAUACCAAGCCGUUCUCGCCGCACGACUGCUCGCAGGCCGCGUCCCAUCCUCUCGCCUCCCAUCCACGGAAGCUCAGCUCGCUUGGGAAGUAGACCGUAUAGCCAAACGCGGCGACGGGCCGAAGUUUGCGCUCGUAUUUCCAGACUUUGAAGAGUACUUUGAGGAGUUGAGAAGAAUCGCUGGUCCACCCACGGCAGACGGAAAAGGACGAGAGCUGCUGCCUUUCAAUAAGUUCUGGUUUGAACGGUUUAUGCAAGGUCACGAGCGUCGAAAGGAUAUGUGGAGGAGGUUGAACGCACAAGCGAGGGAGACACUAGGAGUGAGAGGUUCUGACGGGAGUUUACGCCCAAAGUUGUGA